CGGUAAGCACGUUGAAGCUUCGACAACCAGGCCUCGCCGCCGCAAUGGGCAGGUCGCUUCCUUUCGUCGUCUUGGCAACCGUGACACUCGGCCAACUCAGCCUUGCUCCAGCUGUGACAGAUGGCGGCACAAGUUGUUACGAAAGGAACUCUUUCAGUCGGUCGAAAAUGAAGAACGGCGUGCAACGGCGCCCGUUUGGAAGCUUUGACACCAACGGCAACUGGGCGUAUUUGGUGCCUCGUGAGUCCGAUGAAGUCAACGUAACGUUCAAAAUAUUCCUAGAACCGCUUCAGGCGCCUAUCGACUACCGACCGGCUAGUGACGCCAAAAUUCCAAGCGCACUCCUGUCCAGAAACUUUACCAUCGUCUGCCACGGACUGCCUCGCAGAUUAGCCGCAGAUGCUGACAUUUUGGUCCGAGCUCUCCUGCAGCACCAAGACAGGAACGUACUUGAGAUCCUAUGGAACGUUGUGGACUGUCAAUUGAACGGCUCGGAUUUCUAUUACUGUCCCGAAAACGCGAAGUCCAGUGACAGCCGUUGGUACCAAGAGGCCGCGAGCGAUGCGCGCCUCGUGGCGCGAGCCGUGGCAAGAAUGCUGAACGGAUUCGUCAACAAUUACGACUACGACCUAACCCGCGUGCACUUUAUUGGCUUCGGGUUGGGAGCGCACGUCGGUGGCUUCGUGGCUGACGAAUUGGGUUACACAGGGAACGUGUUGGGCCGAUUGACGGCUCUUGACGCUGCGUCACCUAUCUUCGAGUCUCGAGGCCUAAGUCGGCUCUCCCCCAGCAACGCGCUCCGGGUGGAGGCGGUUCACACCGGAGGUGCCAAACCCUGCGGUUUGGGCAUGGCCGGCCCUCUGGGAACGCUGGACAUCUACGUCAACGGUGGCGAGCGCCAGCCGCACUGCAAGAGUGACAGAAUGUGUUCGCAUCUUGCAGCUCUGGGCUAUUAUGCCCAGUCGGUGGAGAGGUGUCUCGCUGAUGCUGUAAGCACGCCGCUUCCGGGGUACUGGACAGACAUCACUGGCAUCGUGAAUGUCCGCAGGUCUUCGCUAAGGUGCUUGCGACUGUCGAGCAGUGACUCAGUGACUGUGGGUGCUGUGGGUACUUCGAAAAGCGUCUCCAUCGUGGCCCAGUGGACCUUAGUUGUGACCUUGCAGACGCUCCUGGUUACGUGCUGGGAGCUGGCGCACAUUCCUGCGCUAUUCUGAACGACCAAAAAUUGCAUAAUGCCAAGACUGCUAAACAUGGCAAUCCAACCACCAAGUCAGAAUACUUUAUUGUAAAAGAAACUGCUCUUUUGUGAAUUUUCAUUAGGCUUAUCAGUACCACUCUGCAGUCUCGCAUGUGGGCAGUGCUGGCAGUGCAGUCUCCAAGCUGUUAUUUCCACCUAUUUUCUGUGGUUCCUAGUUUUAGUCUCUUACAACCACCAAAUAUAUUUGUCUUGUUUUCUGUGUAGAAUUUGAAGGUCGUGCAUUUAUGUGGAUUAGCAUGUUUUGAAACAUUAUGAAAGGUCAGUCACCUUUCUUGAAUGUUGAAAGAAACAGGUAAAGUGUGCCUUACGAGGAU